UAACCGAUUUAAAUAGUUUAUCGAAACGAAUCGGCUCACAAGAAUAACACAAUCGCAAACUGUACAUCUGUCAAACUCGCUUCGUUAAAAUAACGUUAUCUAUUUUUUGUUGUUGUUGUUGUCGUUUGUUUCAAGCGUACAUUACGCGUCAUCUCCGCCGUGGCGUGAUGACGAUCUUCCGGCCGAGCAUCAGACGGUGAAUGGAGGAAUAACAGCGGGCAAAAUAUACAGGCUCCGUGUGUCUCCGCAGGCCGUGUGUGGAGGGAUGGCCACACCAUUUGUUCCGGUACCGGUGCCCAUCGAGCGCGCCCCGCGGCCGGACAGUAAAAGUCCCGUCACCCGCGCCAGGCUCAACGGAACCGAGCGCUCUGUGGAAUAUUCCAGCUGCCCGCUUCCAGAGACCCCGGGACAGAGCUGGGAGGAGCGGCCCAUCACACCCACUGUGCUGGGGUACGAGGUGAUGGAGGAGAGGGCCAAGUUCACAGUUUAUAAGGUUCUGGUGAAGAAGACUGUGGACGAGAGCUGGGUCGUGUUCAGACGCUACACUGACUUCUCAAGACUCAACGAUAAGCUGAAGGACAUGUUUCCGGGGUUCAGACUGUCUCUUCCUCCGAAGCGCUGGUUCAAAGACAACUAUGAGACGGAGUUCUUGGAGGACAGACAGCUGGGUCUGCAGACCUUCCUCCAGAACCUCGUGGCCCAUAAAGACAUCUCCAACUGUGCGGCGGUGCGAGAGUUCCUGUGUCUGGACGAUCCUCCCGGACCCUUUGACAGUCUGGAGGAGAGUCGGGCGUUCUGUGAGACUCUAGAGGAGUGUAACUACAGGCUUCAGAAGGAACUUCUUGAUAAACAGCGAGAGAUAAACUGCUUAAAGAAAACACUGGAAGAGAAAGAGCGGCACAUUCAGACGCUGGAAGGACGAAUCAACGGGGACGUUCUCACUCCAGACAGUCCGUGUUGUGUGUCCGGAGCGGGCAGCGACUGCAGUCUGGACGUGGAGUCUUCUGCUGUGGAGGCCGAUCAGGAGCUGCCUGAUGAAACACCGGCUGUGCUCCGCUCGUCUCAGGGCUCUGUGUGUUGGUGUGGUCCGUCCAUCAGCGGUGCGUCUCCUCCUGUCGUUCAGGUCACUGCUCUGGACCACUGAGCGUCUCUCUGGGGUUAUUCUGGUUCCCGUCUGCAGUCGUGAUGGAGGAGGCACCAUGUGAGGUUUAGCCCUGACACGAGCACGCCACACGCCUCACCCGACGACAGGAAGCAGAAUCACUCGACAUUCAGCAGCACACCGAGACUGAGAGCCGCUGCUGGAACACAUCUCUCUGUUCUCAGGGUCACGUCUGUUUUCAGUUUAGUUUUUGAGGUGUAAAUGAGUGAGACUGGUGUUGUUCACUGUCAUCAGCUGAUGGUCAUCAUAAUCAUGCAGUGAUCAUGUGUUAGUUUUUAGUUCAGUUUUCUGCUUCACUGAAAGCCAUAUUUACAUCCCAGCCGAGGCCUGUGGCUCUGUAUGCACUUUACGGUCCUGAGGGAUUAUGGGAUAUAUGCUUCUACACUACUUGAUGAAAUCAUGUCCAACACUUCAUUAAAGCUUCGUUUGAAGCCGUGUGCCUUCUCACAGAGUUUCACCGAUGACACGGGCCUUGUGUCUUUCCCCAGAGUUUUAUGUAUUUAAAGACUUACAUAUUAAAAUGUGCUUUCUGUUUGUUCUGUUUGCUUCUGCGAUGCUUCAGAAUGUCUCUCCGUGUGUUUUGUGCUCGAUGAAUUGAUCAUGUUUCACUGGAGGAAGGAUAUACAGAAGCAGAUGCUCUCUUCAUCGACUGUGACUUAAACUCCACUGAACUUAAUGUCUUCACGUUUACAGCAAUAUAAUCUGUUUCUGUCACACUUCUGAUCCAGUUCAUGCUUCUUGGGUUGAUGGCUCUGACAACAACAGUUAUGCAAAUAUGUCCCUGAUGUUCAGAGGAUUGUGGGAUGGACUGAGAAAUAUUGCCAAUGUUCUGAUCAUUAGAAAUGAAUUUAAUAAAGGAAGCUUCUCUGUGUCAGGA